AUGGCUGCGGCAAGGGUCUCCCGCUUGAGUUGGACCGUCCCUCCUGCUGCUCUAGCUGCCUACACUGUGGGGGACUGGGCCCAACCAAAUCGGCGCAUGGCGAGAGCUGAGCAGAAAGCUUACUUUACCACGGGUUUGGCCAAAUUUGACACCAAUUCGGAGUUGCGGGGUCACACCACCGGAAAAACCGACAGUCAGGACUCUGAAGAUCAGGGAAUAUGGCUGAAGAUCACCCAGAAGCUUGAUGAGGUCAAGAAUACUGUGGGGUCAGCAGAUCUAGGAAGCAACAUCUCGAGCUACAUCCCAGAUUGGGCGCGAUUGCUUCCAGCAACGGCCCAGAAGCUGCAGCGAGAGCUCGCCUUGGCUCCUGGCUCAUUGGCAGACGAAAUUUGGCAGGAGGCUCAUGACCCUGAGCUCAAUCCUGAGAUUACAAGGGACGCCAGGGUCCGGGUAAGCGGUGACCUGUGCGCCGAGGAACAGGCAUUUCGAAAGAAGCGCCAGCAACAUGCUUUGAAAGCAUUGGCAUCAUACCUUGACAUUCCAGUGGAGGAUAUUCAUCCCGACGAUGUGCCUGUCAUCGCCAUGUGCGGAUCUGGGGGUGGGCUGCGCGCCCUGGUUGCUGGCACCGGAUCUUAUCUCGCCGCCCAGGAAUCAGGUCUGUGGGAUUGUGUUACCUACACUGCAGGUGUCAGCGGCAGCUGCUGGAUGCAGACCCUGUACCAUUCCUCCAUCACAGGCCGGAAUUUCCAUAAGCUUGUCGACCACCUGAAGAACCGAUUGGGUGUGCACAUCGCCUUUCCACCUGCAGCACUGAACCUGCUCACAACUGCACCAACCAACAAAUACCUUCUCAGUGGCUUUAUUGAGAAGCUGAAAGGUGACCCUGGUGCGGAUUUCGGAUUGGUAGACAUAUAUGGACUGCUGCUUGCAGCACGUCUCAUGGUACCUCGUGGAGAACUAGGAGUCUCAGAUUCCGAUUUGAAGCUGUCAACUCAAGCAGCCAAUCUCUACGAUGGAGCGCAUCCCCUCCCCAUAUACACUGCAGUGCGACACGAAAUCCCCCUACUCGAGGCAGAGCAUAAUGACGAGACCAAAGGCCCCAACAACCCUGAAGAGGCGAUCCGCGAAGCGAAGAAGGAAGCCUGGUUCCAGUGGUUUGAAUUCACCCCCUUUGAAUUCUUCUGCGAGGAACUCAAUGCUGGUAUUCCCACCUGGGCGUUAGGCCGUCACUUCGACGGGGGCCGUAGUGUGCUGUCCCCCGAAAACUCCCCUAUCCCUGAACUCCGAGUCCCGGGAUUGAUGGGAAUCUGGGGCAGCGCUUUUUGCGCAACUCUCUCUCAUUACUAUAAAGAGAUCCGGCCUUUGGUCGUUGGCCUUGCUGGGUUCGGAGGAAUCGAUACUCUCAUCCAAGGCAAAAAUCAAGACUUGGUCCGCGUACACCCUAUUGAUCCUGCUGCUAUUCCCAACUUCGUGAUCGGAAUGAAAGACCAACUUCCUGCCUCUUGUCCCGAGUCUAUUUUCAACAGCAGUCAUUUGAAUCUGAUGGACGCUGGCAUGAGCAACAACCUCCCUAUCUAUCCUUUGAUCCGACCAGGACGAGAUGUCGAUGUCAUUCUCGCUUUCGAUGCUUCCGCCGACAUCAAGCAGGAGAACUGGCUUUCGGUCGUCGAUGGUUACGCCCGUCAACGAGGGAUCAAGGGUUGGCCGAUCGGUGCCGGGUGGCCCAGGGAAAGCGAGACCUUGGAAGAUGCCGAGAAAGCACUCCGCGAACCACAGGGUAUCACAGACGAAAAGGCGAACAAGAAACUCACCGAUGCUCAAAGCCAAGAUCAAUCCUCUGAGACAGAUCUAAGCUACUGCAACGUCUGGGUUGGAACGCAAGAAGAGCGCAUCUCCGAGAAAGAACCCCCGCCGUCCAAGCGUCUCUUCCAACCCCAACACAUCGAAGACCACUCCGAGUCUGAAUUCCAUCUCAUGAGAAAAGACGCCGGUAUCGCUGUCGUCUACUUCCCUCUGAUUCCCAACCCAUCUGCCCCAGAUCUCCCUUCCGCCCCGGAGACCCGUCCCCGCGCAGCAGUUCAUUCCAUGAAUAGAGACUACACGCAGACUAAAGAUGCUGAAAAGCCUCUUACUCCGCGCCCGAGCUCGAUCGAUCCCGACAAAGACGACUUCCUUUCCACGUGGAACUUUAUCUACACACCAGAACAGAUCGAUUCCGUUGUAGGCCUGGCUAAAGCCAACUUCAACCAGGGCCAUGAACAGACUCGUCGCGUUGUGCGUGCUGUCUACGAGCGGAAGAAGUCUGAUCGUCUGCAGAAGGAAGAAGAAGAGUCAAGGAAGCGUAUGGAGGGGUUCGUGCCUCUUUGA